UGUAAAUUAUCUCAAAUGUUAAAAUUUUUAAAUUAUUUUUCAUUUUUUUACUAAUCUUAUUUAAAUAUCAUAAUAAUAGUAAGUUAUUAACUGUGUAACAUAGAAUAAUGUGUGAAAUUUUUUGAUGGAAUCUAAAUUGUACGACUUGAAUAAGUUAUUGGAGAACCCGGUGAGUUUUUUGAAUGAGAACUUUCCCGACGAAUACAGUUUCUACGCCAUAGACUCCUUAAUAUCGCAGUUGGAUGACGAGAUUAGGUCUCAGGAUGCCUCCCUGAUCAAGUUAUUUGAGGACAAAGCUGUUGCCGGUGACCGCGUCCAUGAGCGCUUUGAGAACCUUCAACUUGUAACAAAUAAACUUGAGGCUAAGAUUAGUGAAAUUAAAGACCAGUCACGGAAAGGUGAAAGUUCCCUGAAACUUCUAUCAUCUGACAUCAGAGCUCUUCACAAUGCUAAAAUUAAUAUAUGUGACACCAUCGUCACCCUAAAGAGGAUUCUCAUGUUCUCUCAUAUGUUGGAAGACUUGAGUAAGCAUGCAAAGGAAAGAAGUUAUGGUGAGGCGUCUGGAUAUGUUGUGGUUCUAAAAGAACUGAGAAAUUCUCUUAAUCCUCUGAAGAAAUCACCUUCAGUUUGUAAAUUAUUGUCCUCAUGUGAUUCUCUACUCCAUAAGCUCAGGGAGCAGAUUGUAGAGGAUCUUGAGCUUAAACUUGGAUUUAAAAUGAUAGACGCACAGGUUGAGGAACAACAACUACAGUUGGAUAAAUUGUGCUUGUGUGCUGAUUUAUUGGACGAAUCCAUAAGAAAAUCCAUCUCAAAUAAGUACUCACAACACUUGAAGAACUUAUACGAAAAUAACUUUUAUCACUCAUUUGACCUCAAGACCGUGGACAAUUUAAAUCAUCGCUUCUCUUGGUUUAGAAGAACUCUCAACGAAUAUAAUGAGGGAGUUGGAGUACAUAUACCCAUGAACUGGUACAUUUAUGAAAAGUCUGCAAUCGCAUUUGUACAAUCACUCAAAUCACAACUCAUAGAAGUGUUGAGUGAAACCCACCAGAGUUUAAGUGCAAGUAGUUUAGUGUCAUGUCUACUUCGUUGCAGAGAGUUUGAAGAUGAACUGGAAAACAAAUUUACACAAAACCAGUCUAAACUCAGUGGCGACCUUGUGGACAAAGUUAAAACAGCUGAUAACGUUGAAUUUCCAGAAGUGUUAAGUGAAGUGAAAGAAGAUGAAAAGUUGGAAAAAAGACCUGAACUUGGCAGAAUGUUGAGUAGUUGUUUUGAAAGUUAUCUUGGGCCUUGGAUCGCAAGUGAAGAAUCACAACUUGAAGAUUUAUUAUCUCGAAUUAUCAGUGAUACAGAUUCCUCAAUAAUGUUUGUGUUUGUAUCGGCACGUGAGUUGUUCUCGUCAAUAAACGCGAGGCUACAAGUGACAAUGACCAUCAGUUCUGAGCAGGCACUUUAUGAGAUGUUUCUAGUGUUCAGGAAGAUAAUCGCAAAGUAUCAGCAGCAUUUGAGUGGACGUUACGCCUUGGUAAAAAGGACUACGGAUUUAGAACUUUUGGCCAAGGUUACUGGAAACACUAUUGCAACAGCAGACUACUGCCUUGAAAUGAUCGAUAAACUCGCUGAUGAAAUUAAGGAUAACAUUUCACACACAUAUUCCAGCCUCAUUACCUUUACCAAUGAAAAAGAAAAAAUAUCAGCUGUUAAAUCGGACUCGUUUAAGCUAUUGUUGGACUUUAUGUGUACAUUUCUGCCCUACUCUACUGAAACUAAUUUGGACGUUUCAGGUCCCUCUGACCUUUUAGUCAAGAACGAAGGCCUGAUUAUGAAGCGUUUGGAGGUCUCUACCAAGUACCUUCCCAGCGUUUACUUGUACCAUAUCACGAAUAAAAUUGCUCGAAACGCCUUGGCCCACUUUAAGGACUUUAUCUUCUCACUCAACUCAGUUACUGAAAUUCUCACCCAGCAACUGCUGCUAGACGCUUUCGAACUAAGACGUUUUCUCACAGACAAAGUUAAAGAACUACUCGUUACUCUUCCACAAGGGUAUAUGGAGAGUAUAGUUAAUGAAGUGGAUAAAAUAGAAUCAAUGAUUAAAGUGUUAACAACACCGAAUAACUGUAAAGAAUCAUUUGAAGUAUUUUUAACCGAGAACGGAGGACCGUGUACUCAGCAAGAGCUCGACAUAUUACUCAACAUUAAACGCUUAUAAUUUUAUAUUUAUUAACAAUGAA